UGUAGAUAAAGUUACACAUGCAGAUACUCCCUCUAGAAAGGGUAUAUAAACCAAAGCAGAAUGGGCUGAGGGACCCAGCUCAACCUCCAGCAGACAACUCUUCUGUUCUAGAAUUCUCACCAUCUCUGCAGAACCAAAAUGAGCUUCUCAAGCCGCAGCGCUUCCCAGUACUCCCGUUUUGGAGUGGCAUCACCUAUGGUGCACAGAGCCGGCAGUAUAGCUGGAGGCGCUGGGAGUUACAGAAUUUCCUCCUCUAAUGCCCCUUUAGUUAGCUCGGGCAUUGCCGCAGGAUUUAAUGCUCAUGAGAGUAUCGGCCUCCAGAACAAUGGCAAAGAGACCAUGCAGAACUUGAAUGAUCGAUUGGCCACUUACCUGGACAGAGUAAGUAUAAAUGCAAGGUUUGGGAUUUUAUUGCCCACUGAAUUAUGUUAAGGUCUUUUAGAAAUAUUUGCUUAUUGCAUUAAUGUUUAAUGUAAUACUCAAUUUAACCUCUCUCUAUAACUCCUUAUAUUACUCCAUAUAACCUCUCUCUGUAACUCCUUAUAUUACUCCAUAUAACCUCUCUCUAUAACUCCUCCUAUCACUCCAUAUAACCUCUCCCUAUAACUCCUUGUAUUACUCCAUAUAACCUCUCUCUAUAACUCCUCCUAUUACUCCAUGUAAUCUCUCCCAAUAACUCCUCCUAUUACUCCAUAUAACCUCUCUAUAACUCCUCCUAUUACUCCAUAUAACCUCUCUCUAUAACUCCUCCAAUUACUCCAUAUAACCUCUCUCUAUAACUCCUCCAAUUACUCCAUAUAACCUAUCUCUAUUACUCCUAUUACUCCAUAUAACAUCUCACUAUAACUCCUCCUAUUACUCCAUAUAGCCUCUCCCUAUAACUCCUCCUAUUACUCCAUAUAACCUCUCUCUAUAACUCCUCCUAUUACUCCAUAUAACCUCUCCCUAUAACUCCUCUUAUUACUCCAUAUAACCUCUCCCUAUAACUCCUCCUAUUACUCCAUAUAACCUCUCCCUAUAACUGCUCCUAUUACUCCAUGUAACCUCUCUCAAUAACUCCUAUUACUCCAUAUAACCUCUCCCAAUAACUCCUCCUAUUACUCCAUAUAACCUCUCUCUAUAACUCCUCCUAUUACUCCAUAUAACCUCUUCCCAUAACUCCUCCUAUUACUCCAUAUAAUCUCUCACUAUAACUCCUCCUAUUACUCCAUAUAAUCUCUCACUAUAACUCCUCCUAUUACUCCAUAUAACCUCUCCCUAUAACUCCCCCUAUUACUCCAUAUAACCUCUCCCUAUAACUCCUCCUAUUACUCCAUAUAACCUCUCUCUAUAACUCCUCCUGUUACUCCAUAUAACCUCUCUCUAUAACUCCUCCUAUUACUCCAUAUAACCUCUCUCUAUAACUCCUCCUAUUACUUUAUAUAACCUCUCUCUAUAACUCCACCUAUUACUCCAUAUAACCUCUCUCUAUAACUCCUCCUAUUACUCCAUAUAACCUCUCUCUAUAACUCCUCCUAUUACUCCAUAUAACCUCUCCCUAUAACUCCUCCUAUUACUCCAUAUAACCUCUCUCUAUAACUCCUCCUAUUACUCCAUAUAACCUCUCUCUAUAACUCCUCCUAUUACUCCAUAUAACCUCUCCCUAUAUCUCCUCCUAUUACUCCAUAUAACCUCUCCAUAUAACUCCUCCUAUUACUCCAUAUAACCUCUCUCUAUAACUCCUCCUAUUACUCCAUAUAACCUCUCCCUAUAACUCCUCCUAUUACUCCGUAUAACCUCUCCCUAUAAUUCCUCCUAUUUCUCCAUAUAACCUCUCUCUAUAACUCCUCCUAUUACUCAUAUAACCUCUCCCUAUAAUUCCUCCUGUUACACCAUAUAACGUCUCCCUAUAACUCCUCCUAUUACUCCAUAUAACCUCUCCCUACAACUCCUCCUAUUACUCCAUAUAACCUCUCCCUAUAACUCCUCCUAUUACUCCAUAUAACCUCUCCCUAUAACUCCUCCUAUUACUCCAUAUAACCUCUCCCUAUAACUCCUCCUAUUGCUCCAUAUAACCUCUCUCUAUAACUCCUCCUAUUACUCCAUAUAACCUCUCUCUAUAACUCCUCCUAUUACUCCAUAUAACCUCUCUCUAUAACUCCUCCUAUUUCUCCAUAUAACCUCUCCCUAUAACUCCUCCUAUUACUCCAUAUAACCUCUCUCUAUAACUCCUCCUAUUACUCCAUAUAACCUCUCUCUAUAACUCCUCCUAUUACUCCAUAUAACCUAUCUCUAUUACUCCUAUUACUCCAUAUAACCUCUCUCUAUAACUCCUCCUAUUACUCCAUAUAAUCUCUCACUAUAACUCCUCCUAUUACUCCAUAUAACCUCUCUCUAUAACUCCUCCUAUUACUCCAUAUAACCUCUCCCUAUAACUCCUCCUAUUACUCCAUAUAACAUCUCACUAUAACUCCUCCUAUUACUCCAUAUAACCUCUCACUAUAACUCCUCCUAUUACUCCAUAUAGCCUCUACCUAUAACUCAUCCUAUUACUCCAUAUAACCUCUCUCUAUAACUCCUCCUAUUACUCCAUAUAACCUCUCCCUAUAACUCCUCCUAUUACUCCAUAUAACCUAUCUCUAUAACUCCUCCUAUUACUCCAUAUAAUCUCUCCCUAUAACUCCUCCUAUUACUCCAUAUAACCUCUCUAUAACUCCUCCUAUUACUCCAUAUAACCUCUCCCUAUAACUCCUCCUAUUACUCCAUAUAACCUCUCCCUAUAACUCCUCCUAUUACUCCAUAUAACCUCUCACUAUAACUCCUCCUAUUACUCCAUAUAACCUCUCCCUAUAACUCCUCCUAUUACUCCAUAUAACCUCUCUAUAACUCCUCCUAUUACUCCAUAUAAGCUCUCCCUAUAACUCCUCCUAUUACUCCAUAUAACCUCUCCCUAUAACUCCUCCUAUUUCUCCAUAUAACCUCUCUCUAUAAUGCCUAUUACUCCAUUACCACUGGGAUACAUCCUUUCUGUUUGACACCAAUAUGUUUUAACCGAUUGAUGUUCAUGGACUAAAGUCUUCCAUAUUCUUUUACAUUAGGUGCGUUCUCUGGAGAAAGCCAACAGUGAUCUGGAAUAUAAAAUCAGGCAGUUUUAUGAGAAGAAAGCAUCCACUAGCGACCAUGAUUAUAGCCACUAUUAUGAUACCAUUAAAAAACUGCGCUCCCAGGUAAGCAGGUCGCCGAUUUUCUUUUACCAUUUUAUUCUCUUGCAAUAUAUUUAUCCUGAGAUUUAAAGAUCAUUAAAAAAAAUCAACAUCAGUUAUUACUAUCCAUGCAACAUUGCUAGCAGUUCUCAUCAUUAAUGGGAAAUAUUUAAAGUAAAAUGGGGAAAAAUGAACCACAGCAUGAGUAUUUUAGCAGAAAUUUUGCAAUCCUGUUUUCAGUUCAAACAAAUCAGUUUUUAGUCAAUAAACUGCAGUGUGCACAGUAUUGUUCUUAAAUUUGAAAUUCACUUUAAAUUCACUUGGAUUUCUCUAAAAUUCUAACUUUAUUGAAUCACCCUGUUUGCAUGCACAUUAUAGAUACAAAUAUUCUCUUCUUCGCAUUCUAAAAUGUGUUGCGUUAAUGUUCGGGAGGGCUUAGGGUUAUGGGUACAGAUUCAAGGCCAAAGUAGCCGAACUGGAAGCAUAGCUGACUGGGAGAAUUUUUCCGCUUCAAAUAUUUUGAUAUUAAAUUAGAAAUCCAAUUUAAAUUCCCUGCAAAAUCUCACUUUAUUGAAAAACACUGCCAUUUUUUUUAAUAUUGGCAAUAACAUUUCUGUUUUUAAAUAGCCGAAAUAGAAAGCUUAUGUAGCCUAAUAAAAAGUGCAAAUUUGACUGAAAUAAACAAAUUCGAUUUUUGUGAAUAGCUGAAUGUAUUCACUUUGCACACUUUCUGUAGAAACAGCCGAAUUUGAACAGUCAAACACCAUUCAGCUGCCUGUCAUUGCUCAGUAAAUAGAAGAUGUCAAUUUUGUUCUGUUCUUUGGAAGCCUUUCUUUGGUUGACUUUUUAUGUUGCCAAUCACUUGCUAGGACUGUUGCAAAAUGCAGGCAGACUAUGGGAAGAGCUUUUAGCAGUAAUCUAAAUCCUCUCUUAUCUUGUCCAUAUUCACAAACACAUACAGACACACAGAUACAGCAGACAUUCACACACACACACACACACACACACACACACACACACACACACAGAUACAGACAUUCACACAUACACACACACACACACACACACAGACAUUCACACACACACACACUGUUAAAAUUUUUAGUCACCCUCCUGUUUCCUACCUUUAGGUGCAGGAGGGUGACUUCCCUGGGGUCCAGUGGCUGCCUUUGGCUGAUAGGAGUCAGAGCUCUCACUCUGUCUCCCUUCUCUCCUCCCCGGCGCUUUCCACCCACAUGGCUCUAUUAGCUGGGAGGAAAUGACGACUUCCUCCCAGCGGGCGCUGUUACGUCAUCACUGGGGCCAGUCGCGCUCUUAAAGUGCCCCAGCGAUGGCCAGACCCCGGGUAAUUCAUUGCCAUCGUGUGGCCCCAAGAUCACGGGUCACCCGAUGGGCCCCUUCAAUGAGGCCCAGUCGGUUGUUCUGAGCAAUGCACCACAACCCUGGUUACAGGGGUCGGCAGGGCGGCCAGGCCCCCUGGAGUGAUGGGCCCGGUCACAGCUGCGACCCCUGCGACCGCGGAAGUCCUGUCACUGCUUAAGGCACCAAGACCACUUCAUCUAAUUGGAGUGGCCUAGGUGCAGUGCCCCUGUCCACUUAACCCGGCAAUUUAAAACAUUGUAGUUUAAUAGACACUGCAAUGUUUACAUUGCAAAGUUAAGACAAACUCUGGUGGCUGUCUUCCAGACAGCAACUAGAGGCGCUUCCUGGCUUUUAACGGAGUUUCACUCGGUGAAACAACUUUGGGCCAUCGGCAUGACGAUAGCAGCAUUGUCCAUUUGCAUGACGUCUUGGAAUACAAAACUGAAUUCCUAACACUAUAGUGUCCCUCUGUCUUUUCCUUUAGAUCCCCCAUGUCCGGCGAUUUAAGGGUUAAGCCCCCAUUUUUCGCUUACUUAGGUUGCUGUACAAAUUACUAAAUUGCUGCAUUUCGUCUUCCUUAAAGUAAAUUAUGUUACACUUUAUACUAAAUAUUGUACGAUAAUUGCUUCUAAUGGCCGUAAGACUUUCUAUAUUAUUUGCCGUAUGCUAGGCUGAUGUGUGUAUGAUAAAAAUAAUUAAACUGGAUUUUGGAUCUUGUGGAUGGUGUCUGGGUGUUCAGUAACAAAGACAUUAAAAAUGUCUUCAAAUAUAUAUUCUUAUUUUCCAUUUUUCUAUUAUCCUUAGAUCGAGGGUGCCACCAUCAAUAACACCAAAGUACUCCUGCAGAUUGAUAAUGCCAAACUUGCCGCCGAUGACUUUAAAAAUAAGUAAGUAACUUCUGACUUGAUCAAAUUAUUAAGAAUUAAGAAUUAUUACAAAAUAUAUUUAAAUGGUCUAUUGCAUGGAUAGGCAACCUUCGGCACUCCAGAUGUUGUGGACUACAUCCCCAUAAUGCUAUUACACCCAUAAUGCUGGCAAAGAAUCAUGGGAGGUAUAGUCCAAAACAUCUGGAGAGCCGAAGGUUGCCCAUGCGUGGUCUAUUGUGUUCUGAUAUACUAAACAAUACUGCAUAUGCUAGAUUGCAGAAUGUGUAGUAAAUAUAAGUAGCACGUAAUGUUGGAUGGUUGCUAUUAAAUCUAUUUACAUUAUCUAGAACUGCUGCCAAGUGCUCAAUUAUAUAUCCCCGAUAAACAGGUUUGUGGGUUAUGUUCAAUUAUCCCAUCAAUAUUAAUGGUAUGCUUACAAUUGCCUGACUAGUGUCAGCUACUUCCUGAUCUGGGAAGAUCUCACAAGAGCAAGAUUCUAAUCUCUUAAAUAAAUAAUACAAUUCAUUAUAUUGUCAUUUUUUUGCAGGUUUGAGGCAGAGUUGGCCAUCAGGGUUGGAGUGGACAAUGACAUCUCCGGACUACGUAGGGUCCUGGACGACCUCACGAUUAAAAAGUCAGACUUGGAGCUAGAUAUUGAAGGCUUGAAAGAAGAACUGAUUUUCUUGAAGAAGAACCACGAAGAGGUAAAAUGCUAUUAUAUAUAUUAUCUUAGUUCAUCUCAGUUAAUACCUGUAAAUUAAAAUGUCUUCAUAGGAAGUAUUUGUUUUUUGUUCCUGUGUAUUUUUUAAGGGUCGUCAUCAUCAUCUUUUUUUUUUCCCCACAGGAAAUCUCAGCUCUAAAAGGACAGGCUGGAGGCACGGUCAAUGUAGAACUGGAUUCUGCCCCACCAGUAGACCUAUCAAAGAUUCUGGCAGAAGUACGAGAGCAGUAUGAGUCCAUGAUUGAAAAGAACCGCCAAGAAGUGGAGACUUGGCACAGAGAAAAGGUAAACAAGCAUCAAGUGUUGACUUCUUAAGAGCCACCUUUAAACCAUCUCCUUAUUAUAAUGCAGUGCUUAAAGGGACACUCAACUGCCCAAAUGAAAAAAACAAAACUAAAAACCCAAAUUAAUUAUGCAUGGUUUUAUUGGAGUUAUAUCAAAAAAAAAAAAAAAAAUCUUGCAAAAGCUGCAGAUUUAUUGUCUGAAGCCUCAGUGUAAGCUGAUCUAUUGAUCUGACUCCGUACCACAACCAGUCACUAUGCUCUAAUUAUCCGUUAAGUAUUUCAAAGCCAAGUUACGGGGACAAAAGCUGUUAAUAAGUGGACAGUUAUUGGUAGUAAUAAGGUAGUUACUUUGUGAAAAGAGAAAGCAAGGCUGAAGUGGAAGGAUUAUAUAGUUGAAAGCUUAAAAUGUGUAGAAUAUGAAAUAUGAAGUCAAAUAUACACUUAGGUUAAGGUGGUGCCAAAGCGUACCUGGGGUAUCCAAUUAACAUCUUCCGAGGUAGUAAAUCAUUAUAUCAAUAAUAGUAAGAGGAAUUUGAUAUGUCAAUAAACUGUUGAUAGGUGCUCUUAAGGGCAAUAAUUCAAAUUUUAUAUAAAGGAUUAAAAAAAUUAUUAUAUUGAUUAAUGAAGGUUAAAUAAAUUAAUCCUGUAUAACUGUGUUGAAGCUAAUCUCUUGUUAAACAUUCGGUUAAUCUACCUCAAAAUAAUGGAAACAGUCAUGUUGACAUAUUAUUUUGAUGAUGUGAAUUGUCAAGCAAUUGGUGGCCCAUUUCAUUGCUUUUUAAUGUGGGUGUCCUUCCACCUUCUUUUGUAGUGUGACGGUCUGAAGCAGGAAGUUACCAUCAAUGAUUAUGCUCUUAAGAGUUCAAAAUCAGAGAUCACUGAGCUGAGGCGCACUGUACAGGGUCUGGAAAUCGAGCUGCAAUCUCUGCUGAACAUGGUCAGUAUCUAUCCAUCCAUCCACUCACCCAUCCAUCCACCCACCCACCAAUUCAUUCAUCCAUCCACAAACCUACCCAUCCAUCCACCCACCCAAGAUCUGCCCACCAAUUCAUCCAUCCAACCAUCCAUCCACCCGCUCUCCCAAGACCCACCCACCAAUCCAUCCAUUCACUCACCCACCUACCCAUUCAUCUAUCCACCCACCGACCCACAUAUCCAUCCACCCACCCACUAAUCCAUCCAACCAUCCAUCCAUCCACCCACCAAUACAUCCAUCAUCCCACCCACCCGCCCACCAAUACAUUUAUCCAUCCAUCCACCCAACUAUCCAUCCAUCCACCCACCCAAGACCCACCCACCCACUAAUCCAUCCACCCAUCCAUCGAAAAACAUAUUCAAUCUUCCUUGAAUUUAAGUUUAUUUGGUACUAAUCAGUCAUCUUCAUUUAUUAUAGAAAGUUGCUCUGGAGGGAACGUUAUCUGAGACAGAGGGUCGAUAUGGAGCUGAACUAGAGCAACUCCAAGUUUUAGUCUCUCAAGUGGAGAUUGAUCUUCAAAAUGUGCGGUCUGAUUCAGAACGCAACUCUCUGGAAUACAGACGUUUGGUCAAUAUUAAAACCAGACUGGAAAUGGAGAUCGCCACCUACAGACGCCUGCUGGAUGGAGACGAUAACAGGUAAUGUCUAUGACGUAGCAGUUUUACUUUGUACCAAACCAUCCGCAAUGAGAUCAGUAAUUCUUUGUAAUAAUUUCAAGUGGACAGUCUUGUUUAUGGAACUGUUUCAAUAAUAUCUCAGUGUAGUUUUGGCUGUAGGAGUCUUCAUAAGAUUAUAGAUAUUGACAUUAAUUUAAUUUCAGUACAAUAUUUAUUAAAUUAUGUAUUUUAUAAUAUAUAUAUAUUAAUAUUUUUUAUAUUUUACUUUUUUAGCUAUUCAACAGUAGAGACCACACAUGGUAAGUAAUAUAUCCUUAAAAUUAUUACAGCAUUAACAUUAUCAAUGUUAUAAAGUGUUGAGAACUCUAAUGGGAUAUUUAUCAUAAUUAGUUUAAUGUUCAAAUCAUCUCAUACCAGAUCAUUAGUAGGGAAGAUGUCCCCUUGGCAAGAAUGUGGACUACUUUUCAAAAUACAUUUGGUUCUUCAGUUUAGCAGAUUUUUUUGGAAGCUCUUGACUUUCUGUUUCUCUACGUGAAGCUGCUUUAUCCAUUUAAAUCUACCCGGCUGUUUAAGGGGCGUUAUGUCAUAACAGUCCUUGUUUGAUAAUAUUGCGUUGUAUAGACUUUCUUUCACAGUAAGAAAAUGUCUGCAAUUAUUCUUCACACUUUGUAUUGAAAGCACUCAAGCCAAUCGCAGUUUCCUUAAUCUAUAUUUCAUCUCUUGAUCUCUUGCAGCCGUACAUAAACCAGAAAUCACAUCUUCCACCGCUGUCAAAAAAGUGACUGUUGUUGAAGAAAUUGUGAAUGGCCAAAAAGUGUCUUCAAAGGUCGAGGAAGUUGUUCAGAAAUCCUAAUCAAUUCAAAUCGGAGGGAUCCAGAAAAAGUUUGAAACAGAAAAACCCUGAAGAAACCAUACAAUUGAAAAAUGUUUGUCUAAAUAAACAUCAGGCACUGCCUCAGUUGAAAUUUAACAGCACAACAAGCAAUUGGUAUGUUAACUCAAUGCCCUAGCAAUUACCUGCAGAAUACGUUAAAAUAAUUAACAAGUGUUUUGUGCAUUGAAUCUAAAAUUCCAGUGCUGAAGUAAAAUAAAAUUCUUAACUUAAACCUA